UGUGGGUCGGCUCUGGGGCUGUUCAGGCACUCAGGGCAGGGGAGAGGAGAGACUACCGUCCUGGAGAUAACGGUUCCACGGAGGCCCAAGGCGAAACGGAAGGAUCCUCAUGUACAAAACUGAGCGGAAUGGAGCUGUGAGCACGCAUCAGGUCCUCAGCCAGCAGAGCCACGUUCCUUAUGAGCACCGCGGGUUUAUUUCAUUUUCCUACACCACUGACCCGAAUAUGCCCGGCGCCAUGGGGACUCCGGCUUUGGGAGAAGCUGACGUUGUUAUCCCCAGGAAUAGCUGUCACUCCGGUCCAGAUGGCAGGCAAGAAGGACUACCCUGCACUGCUUUCCUUGGAUGAGAAUGAACUCGAAGAGCAGUUUGUGAAAGGACACGGUCCAGGGGGCCAGGCAACCAACAAAACCAGCAACUGCGUGGUGCUGAAGCACAUCCCCUCAGGCAUCGUUGUAAAGUGCCAUCAGACAAGAUCAGUUGAUCAGAACAGAAAGCUAGCUCGGAAAAUCCUACAAGAGAAAGUAGAUGUUUUCUACAAUGGUGAAAACAGUCCUGUUCACAAAGAAAAACAAGAAGCGGUGAAGAAAAAACAAGAAAGGAAAAAAAGAGCAAAGGAAACCCUGGAAAAAAAGAAGCUACUUAAAGAACUGUGGGAGUCAAGUAAAAAGGUCCACUGAGAAAAGAAUUACAGAUUCCAACUGACAGAAUCUGCCAGAAGCUCCCAGGGAAUAAUGGUGGCGAGUUCCAUCACCAGCAUUAUUAUAGUGCUUCAAAAGAAAUAUUUUUGAUGAACUUAAAAGACAACAAAUUUAUUUAAAUGGUGCACUAAACUGUAGUGAACAGAGACAUGCACGAUUCAAGAAUAAAACUCGGCCGGGCACGGUGGACGGUGCCUCACACCUGUAAUCCCAGCACUUUGGGAGGCCGAGGCGGGCGGAUCACUUGAGGUCAGGAGUUUGAGACCAGCCUGGCCAACAUGGUGAAACCCCGUCUCUACUAAAAAUACAAAAAAUUAGCCAGGCAUGGUGGCGGGCACCUGUAAUCCCAGCUACUCGGGAGGCCGAGGCAGGAGAAUUGCGUGAACCUGGGAGGCGGAGGUUGCAGUGAGCUGAGAUCGCGCCACUGCACUCAAGCCUGGGCAACACCUGGGUGACAGAGCGAGACCCCAUCUCAAAAAAAAAAUAAAACUAGGUCAAGUGCAAUGACACGCCUAUAAUCCCAGCACCUUGGGAGGCUAAGACAGGAAGAUCACCUGAGCCCAGGAGCUCAAGAUUGCAGUGAGCUAUGAACACCACUGCACUCCACCUGUCCACUUGUUCUUGUGUGACAGAACAAGACCCUGUCUCUAAAAAAUAAGAUAAAACCAUAAAGAAACACAGUCAGUACUAUACAAGAAUAAUGGCUACUUCUAGAGGGAAGGAGUUGUCAUUGUGAUGAGGCACUUGGAGGGGUUCUGGGGUGCCUGACAAAGUUCUGUUUCUUUACCUGGGUGGUAGUUAGAAGGGUGUCCCCGUAUUUCAAAUUGUACCUUUGUCUGUGAGAUUGUAUCUGUUUUGUAAUAAUAAAAUUUUUUUUUGUAA